GUUUAUUUCCUGAACCAACUCUAAGUUGUUCGGGUUUUCGAACUGUAGAAGUGCCGGGUGCCUGCCGGUUUGUCUUUGUGUAUGUGUUUGGACUUUGGAGACUACUACAACCCUAGUUUUUCCCUUCUCCUUUCCCCUUUCUCCUUUCAGGGUUAUUCUCAUUUCCUCCAAUUUUAAUUUUCCCCCAUUAACAUCAUUUACUUCAGGAUCAGUCAUACAAUAAUGUCUGGUGGUGACUCUGAACCAAAGGAAUCAACUUUGUCUUGUGCUCGAUGUUCCAAUCCUGCUCAUCUUCAGUGUCCAAAGUGUGUAGAAUUGAAGCUCCCACGGGAAGGAGCUGCAUUCUGUUCCCAGGACUGUUUCAAGGCAUCUUGGAGCUCUCAUAAAUCAGUGCACUUGAAAGCAAAUGCUGCUACUGGGGGCAAAAACGAUGAAGGUUGGCUUUAUUGCUUAAGAAAAGGACAGACGAGGACUUCAAAACUUCCACAUUUUGAUUGGACCGGAUCAUUAAGACCUUACCCCAUAUCAAGCAAGCGUGAUGUGCCAUCACACAUUGAGCUACCUGAUUGGGCAAUGAAUGGUGUCCCCAAGAUUGAACCGGAGAGCUCCCUACAGCAUGUUGUUGAGAUCAAAUCUCCAGAGCAGAUAGCGAGAAUGAGAGAGACUUGCAAGAUUGCCAGACAGGUUUUGGAUGCUGCUGCUCGUAUUAUUCAGCCUGGCAUUACGACCGAUGAAAUUGAUAGAGUAGUCCAUGAUGCAACUAUAGCAGCAGGAGGUUAUCCUUCCCCAUUAAAUUAUCAUUUCUUUCCGAAAUCCUGCUGCACGUCUGUCAAUGAAGUUAUUUGCCAUGGAAUACCUGAUGCCAGGGUAUUAGAAGAUGGUGAUAUUGUAAAUGUUGACGUCACUGUUUACUACAAAGGAGUACAUGGUGAUCUGAAUGAGACCUAUUUUGUUGGAAAUGUUGAUGAAGCUUCACGAAAGCUGGUCCAGUGUACAUAUGAAUGCCUGGAGAAAGCUAUAUCUAUAGUGAAGCCUGGUGUGAGAUUUAGAGAAGUUGGAGAGGUUAUUAAUCGGCAUGCUUCUACGUCAGGGUUCUCUGUGGUUAAGUCAUAUUGUGGUCAUGGAAUUGGAGAGCUUUUCCAUUGUGCUCCAAAUAUUCCUCACUAUGCUAGAAAUAAAGCAGUUGGUGUAAUGAAGGCUGGACAGACCUUCACAAUUGAACCAAUGAUUAAUGCAGGGGUGUGGCGAGACAGAAUGUGGCCUGAUGGAUGGACUGCUGUGACUGCAGAUGGGAAGCGCAGUGCUCAGUUUGAGCACACAUUACUGGUGACAGAAACUGGGGUUGAGGUUUUGACAGGAAGAUUACCUACUUCUCCCGAUGUAUUCCCUUGGCUGAAGGCUUGAGAUUUUGAAAACUACUACAUGUGGCUUGUGACAAAUUACAACUAGAUUUUGCCUCGGGCGCUUCGUAAACAUUUUUUAAAAGAAUAUCAAUAAUUGCGUACUUGGUCCAUUAUGAAUGUUUCGUAUGUUCUCGAGUUUCAUUGUGCAAGUGUAGUCGUUGAUAACUCAUUGGCAAAUCUUAUUUUUAUUGUUGCCUAUACAGAGUUCGAAAAUAUUAACAAAUGACUUAAGUUACAAAAGUACUGCCUUAUAUCAAAGCCAUUAAGGUUUGGACUUUGGAGAAGCAAGCAGUCAUUAUAACAUUUGGAGCAAACAAGACUUGGCUAUAACAUCUUUUACAAUUGAGAGUACUUUUAGAAUCUUAAUGUACAUUUAAAUAAGGUGCGUUUACAGUAGGCAUAGGACAAGUGCAUCAGCUAGAUAGUUGUUACUUGAAGAUUCUGUCAUCCAUUUAGAUUGUGAGACAAUAAUGGACUUUGACUCCGAAUAGAACCAAAAAUUUCAAGAAAAUUUGAAAAAAAUAAGACAAUUGAACAACCUUUUUUCUCAAAACAUAUCCGUAAAAACUUAAUUUCCAAAAUAAACGUCCGUACAUCCAAGCCUAGCCUCGGGAUCAUU